AUGUCCCUGCACUUCCUACGACGCGUGCCCCGGAAUGGACUGAGCUUAAGCCGGAGCUUCUCAAAAUCCUCGCGUGCAGCUAGUUAUGCGGAUACACUGCCAAAUCUGAAGAUAGGUGCUCAUACAAGAGUUCUAUUCCAGGGGUUUACAGGACGACAAGCAACUGCCAAUGUCAAGGAAUCGCUAGAAUGGGGCACCAAUAUCAUUGGAGGCGUUAAGCCUGGAGUUGAAGGUGAACAUUUGGGACUCCCUGUGUUCCCUUCUGUCAAAGUGGCACAAGAGAGAGCGAAACCUGACGCCUCUGCAAUCUACGUACCGGGUAACCAAACAGCACAUGCCAUUGAAGAAGCCAUUGAGGCCGAAAUUCCACUGGUAGUCGCCGUGGCAGAGCAUGUUCCUAUCCAUGACCUCCUCCGGAUCCAUUCCAUGCUCCAAACACAAUCAAAGACUCGUCUCGUUGGUGCUAACUGCCCUGGUAUCAUUUCUGCCAUUGGUAAGUGUCGGAUUGGCUUCCAACCUCUGCCUUGCUUUGCUCCGGGAAACGUUGGCAUUGUCGCGAAAUCAGGAACACUGAGCUACGAGUCUGUGGCAUCGACCACUCGAGCUGGCCUGGGGCAGAGCCUUUGCAUCAGUAUGGGUGGUGAUGUGCUGGCUGGAACUAACUUCGUCGACGCUCUCAAGAUCUUUGAGCACGACCCUGAGACACAGGGCAUUAUUCUUGUUGGCGAAAUUGGCGGUACUGCUGAGAUGGAUGCUGCUGAGUGGAUUCAGGAUUACAGGAUGCGAAAUUCAAACCCCAAGCCUAUCAUGGCUCUUGUGGGUGGCUUGGAGGCACCUUCUGGUCGGAUUAUGGGACAUGCUGGUGCCUGGACUGCCCCCGGAGAGCCUGGGGCGCAAGAAAAGUACCGAGCACUCGAAAGGGCCGGAGCUGUCAUGGUCAAUCACCCUGAGAAGUUCGGCGAGGGGAUGAAGGCUUUACUGGGUAGCUAUACCAGACCAGGCGUAAGCUUGGACUCAGCAGGCUCGCAAAGGCGCGGUUUCCACACUUUGCGGCGCAGUACUCCAGUCUCAAAGGCAGGAACUCAACACAAACGCAACCUAUAUAUCAAGCAAUUCCAGGCUUUUGACAUUCUGAAGCAGAGAUCAGUUCCUGUUAGAGAGGUCGCCUCUGAAUUAGAUGUGUCUGUCUCUAUAUCAAUUGAUCGAACAGCCCUGUCACCUUGCAUUGUCGCAUCCCGAAACGCCGAGUUCAUUGCUAGACAGUCCCGAAAGUUCCCAUUCAGCUAUACCCAAGCCACCUUUGAGAAUAGCAAGCUUGCUACUGAAGUGGGGUCAUACCUGGAUCUUCCUGCAUCGGCCCAUAGCAUGCUUGCAAGACUAAUGCAGGUAUUGUGGGAAAUAUUCACAGAAAAGGAGGCUUUCGUGUUAGAGGUACGGUUCGGGAUUGCAGCUGAUGGCACUUUAGAAGUCCACAGUGCACGGUUUGGCUUUGACGACGCCGCAUUCCGUAGUUCAGGACGUCAGGAAGAAAUCCACAGCUUGCGAAAUAAAGAUGAGGAAGUUCCUGAGGAAGUCGAGGCUGAAAAGGACGGUAUUGUUUAUGUCAAGUAUGAUAAACCCAAUCAACAAAUAUGGACAGAUGCUGACGGUAACAGGUUGCAAGGCGAAGGUAGCAUCGGCACGUUAGUUAACGGAGCAGGACUUGCCAUGAACACAGUGGAUGCCCUCACAUAUCACGGUGGUCACUGUGCCAACUUCCUCGACACUGGCGGCAAAGCGACCUCGGAGACUGUCAAGUCAUCAUUUCGUAUUAUAUGCGCCGACCCGCGCGUCAAUGCCAUCUUUGUCAAUAUCUUUGGUGGACUAACGCGCUGUGAUAUGAUCGCCGAGGGCAUAAUCUUGGCUUUUAGAGAUUUGGAUAUGAAGGUGCCGGUGGUGGUGCGGCUGCGCGGAACCAACGAAGAGUUGGGUCAGAAGAUGAUCUCCGAGAGUGGACUUCCUCUUCAUGCUUUUGAUGGGUUCGAGGGUGCAGCGAAAAAGGUGAUCUCGCUAGCGAAGAAGUGA